AUGUGGAUAAAAUCAUGUAUUAAACCAUUUCUUAAACAAUCUUUAUUUAAUAAUAAAAACAUAAUAAUUGAUAAUAAUACAACGAACAAAUUAUUUACAUUUACUACAAUUAUUAAUAAUAAUAUUAGAUUUUUAUCAACUUUGAGAACAGAAUCAAUUAAUAAUGAUAAAUUUACUACUAGUAAUAAUGUUUUAAUUCCAGAAAAUAAUUACAUUAUUAGGCCAAGAGCUGUCUCGCCACUCCCAUCGCAUAUUGAAGCAUGGGUCUAUAGUUUUGAAACAAAUCUUCCAUUAGAAAUAUUAAAAAUUGAUCGUAAAGUAUUUGGGGCGCCAAUUCGUAAAGAUAUUCUACAUCGGGUGGUGGUUUGGCAACGUGAUAAUAUGCGACAAGGAACUCACUCGGCUAAAACUAGGGCUGAAGUUAGUGGGACUGGUAAAAAAUUUGCUCCACAAAAGGGUCGUGGUCGUGCUAGAGUUGGAAGUCAUCGUGCACCUCACAUCAGGGGUGGUGGUGUUGUACAUCCACCGAAACCACGUGAUCACGGAACACUUCUACAACGAAAUGUUCGAGAAUUAGGUGUACGUUCAGCUCUCUCAACAAAGUAUGCUCAAAACCAAUUUAUUAUUGUUGAUAAAAUUAAAUUGAAAACACAUAAAACAAAAGAUCUUCUAUCAAUAUUGGAGAAGAAUGCCUGGGAUCCAUUUGGAAAAAACCAGACUGAAGGAAAUGAUGCUCAACAAAGGAUUAAUAGAGUAGAAGGUCAUUCCAUUUUAUUUUUAACCAGAGAACAUAAAAAGGAAUUAGACUUGGCUUCAAGAAAUUUACAAAAAGUUCAUGCAUUGACUGCCAAUGAAAUUUUCGAAAUGAGCGAUGUUUAUAAUAUUUUAGGUCAUGAAGUAUUGAUAAUUGAAAAAGAUGCAAUUCAAGAUUUUGAAAAUUUGUUGAGACCUUUGUAA